AUGCCCAGCAGUCGAGUCUUUGAAAAGAUACGCGAUGAUACCCAGAAUUCCAGCACACGAAUCUUCGAUCUACCCACCUUGACAAUCGAUCAGCUGCUGACGGCUUUUCAAGAGAUGGAUCUCGAGGUCACUGAGCGAGAUCUCUUGCAUCCUACUGCAGAGCACACAGAACAGAUCUUCCUCAACAUUCUACACCAACUCAAGCCAAGCGUCUAUGAAGAAAUCGAAUCGGCAGAACUUCCCUUGGAUGAACUCGACUUUGAACCUGUUGAUGCUAGAAACCUUCUUGUUUAUUCAAGGAUGCGAGCGUUAUUGAAAGAUAUUGGAUUCACCGACUUCGAGUUACUUGACAUGACACAUCCUGCACCACAUCGCUUGGCACGUAUCAUGAGCGCAUUGGUGAAUUAUGCAACGUUUCGAGACCGCCGCUGGGAGUUCUUUGAACAAGGGAUGAUUGAAUCGGAUCGGCUGAUGGAGAAGGUACAUCAAGAGGAACAAGCUAUCGCUAAAGCAGAGAGCCGAUUGCUUGUUGAAAGGGAAGAAAUGCCAAAGAUCGAACACGCCAUUCAACAACUGGAAGCCGAGAGUCAAACUGAAGCUUACGCCCUCCGGGAAAUAGCCAAAACAGCGGAUGAGCUUAUCGCGGAAGCUAAUGAGCACAAAAAGCAACGAGGGCGACUCAAGGAUGAAAUGGAAGAGGCACAAUUCAACUUGCUACAGCUGUUAAAUCAACUCAAUCCAACCAAAUCCCUGCUCGAUAUCGGUCCACAAGAGAAACAAGCGACCCUCGCAAAAUUGAAAAAGAGUCUCCAAUAUGAAGAGCAAAAAGUGGAACAAAUGAUGCAGCAAUCAGAAGAACAGAAGCAGCAAUUGGAUAACCUGCAAGAUAUCAUACGGUCAUUGGAUCUAGCACGACAAAGGCUAUGGGAUGCGAAGCGGGAUAAGGGGGAUUGUAUUCAGACCGAGGAAGAAGAACGAGCCAUGAUCCAUGAGGAGCAAAAUGUCAACGCUCAACGUGAAAGCAUUCGACAAACCCAGCAAAAUGUACAACGUAGCCUGAACCUGUUGGCAACCAAACAAGAAAAGGAACGAGAACAACUAGCUAUCUUCAACGACAAUUACCCAUUGAAGCAUGAAGCCGCUCAAAAGACUGUUCGACAACUAUCCGAGGAAGCUAAGGAGUUGGAGAAGCAGAGAAAAGAGAUCCAGGCAACUUUGAAUGAAUGUGACAUGGAGAUCGUUAGCGCCGAAGCAGCAGCUAAAGAGGAGUUACAAAAGUGGAUGGACGAAUAUGAAUUGCUUAUGGAGGAGUUGAAUAGUAGCUUGAAAAUAGGCGACACAUCAUAG